UCGAGUCCAGGUGCAUCUGCCUCUUGAUAUAUAUGAACAUUUCAUCUCUGACCAUUUCUCUGUGUUAUUUGUAUACUCUUGCUAUGGCGACAAAUGGGUUGUCAGUUCACAAAUCCGAGGAAGAAUGGCGAGCCAUUCUCUCCCCAGAACAAUUCCAUAUCCUACGGGACAAGGGAACCGAGCCUCGCGGCACUGGCCACUAUGACAAGUUUUAUGAUGAGGGGGUGUACAAUUGUGCUGGUUGCGGAACACCUCUUUACAAAUCUGGAACCAAGUUCAGCUCUGGCUGUGGCUGGCCUGCUUUCUUUGAAGGCCUCCCUGGAGCCAUUAACCGCACUCCGGAUGCGGAUGGAAGGAGGACUGAGAUAACAUGUGCAGCUUGUGGAGGACACCUGGGACACGUCUUCAAAGGCGAGGGAUUCAAGACCCCAACUGAUGAACGUCAUUGUGUUAACAGUGUGUCCAUCAAGUUUGUCCCUGAGAAAAGUGAUUUAUAAGUUUGAUGUUUUAGAUAGUGAAUGUGGCCAUUAAUAAAGUGUGUACCGUUGAGGUUUUAGUUAUUUGAACUGUAAUCUCCGGACAAGUCUGUUUCCCAUUCACAUCUUCCUGCUUUAUUUGGAAUAUUUGUUAUCGUUACAUGAACUUGAUACCCAUAUGCUUUGUUCUGAAUAUCUUAAAUGGCUCAUUCUUGCCAAAAUGUAACAUGGGAUGAUUACAAUUAUCUCACAGAAGAUCACCAUUUUGGUUUUUU